AUGGACGACGUCUACGGGGUGUGGUAUGGCGUGGGAUAUGCCCAGCACAAUCCAGACAUGACUAAUGUACCAAAUAAAGUAGGCUGUGUAACAUUAUACAUAUCAGAUGCUACACAGGAGUUUCGAGAUAACUGGUUCGGUAUGUCUAUUAUGCGAAGAAACUAUUCAGAUCAAAAUUGGCGAUCUUCGAGGAGUAACCCUUGGUCAGAAAAUUCAAUGUCCGGAUCAUGGCUUGAUGUGAGGUUGAAAAGAAAAGCUAAAAGAAACUUUUUAGAAGACCAAAAUCGAGUCCGUGUAUUAUGGGACGAGGAUGGACAUACUUUGGAACAAGUUUAUUUAUACUAUCCAGAAGAACCUGGUUUAUGGACUGUAGAGAGAUUGCGACCUAUGGAAAAAGAAUUGAUGUCGAGAGGAAUUGACGUUUGGUACCCCGACGAUCCACCCAGACAUCCAGACGUAAUCCGCUUAUUGAAGGUCACACAAUACACACUAGUAUUAAACCAUUGCUCUGAAAUUGGCAACGGCGGUAUUUUCUCCCUUAUCUUAAGGAGAUCACCCUCGAAGGUUCAACGAUGGGAAUGGUUUGGUGAAACUAAUGGCUAUUCUACUUAUACCACUACCCCGAGUAUUUAUAACCAAAAUCAGUAUCCUUAUAAAACCAAUUAUGGAACUGAUAUCGCUACUUACCCCGAAGCUACUCGGUAUCCAAACAUGGGAUAUUCAACCCCCAAUUCUAACGUAUUCAAUACUGCGUCUUCAGGUAGCUUUUACCAAAAUCCAAGUUACACGACCCCAAACUAUGGAUAUGGACAAGGAUAUAACAGACAAAACUUCAAUCAGGGUAUGACAUCAUAUGAAAUGCCAUUUUUUAAAUAUAACGAAGAUUACUGUGUAGAUAGAUCACCCCAAAAUUCAAUUUGGGUAAACAGUUUGAUGGGAAUGUGGUACGGUGUAGAAUUUAUUCAGCAUUUAGCGGGGGAUGCAAGAGUUGACUACGGAAGGACGUGCAUUGUUAUACAUAUAUCGGAACCGAGGGACAGGCCUUCUACCGAAGGUCAACUAUACCACGUGCAGCAUAUAAAAGAGAGAUUCCAGCGGGACAAUCGUCACUUGCGUCUUCUGUGGGACGAAGCGGGCCAGACUAUUGAGUACUCGCUGUACUUCCGCAACGACUCAGCCGGUUAUUGGCAUGUGUACAAUGAACAAAAUGGUACAUUGGCUUCUCGUCCAUCGUAUAUGCAUUUUAACGGGGCAGUACAAGUCUUAAAAGCUGUUAGUGAUCAUCUAGUCCUUAACUUUUGUCAGAAAGCAACAAACAAUUCACCAGCACAACUGUAUUCCGUUCUUUUCUCUAGAGAUCCUGGUACAUUAGCACGUUGGGAAAUCGAAUCGGUGCACGCGUUACUUCAAAAUAAAAAUCUAUCUGUGGCCUCAAGACGAAUGGUGUGGAUUACAGAAGAUGAUAAAUUAUAUUCA